AUGGCAGCGAAGGAACUUUUGGCAGACAUGCGGGCUUUGUUGGAAGCAAUGGAGGGCCAAGAGGCGAGGCCAAUCGAGCGUGGAGAGGGAGACGCCUCCACGGAGGAGAAUCUCCGUACACCAUCGCCAUCGCUAGAGGAUAAAAUCGGGCAGUUGCUGGGCGCACUGCGGUCAAACGGCGUUGACGACUGGGCAGGAAAACCCGCACAAGAAGAUUUGGGUGUCCGUUUUUUUUCUCAACCCCGAGAGGGUGCUGGUAACGGCAGGGUCAGAGAGAAUACGCAGACAACAGAUGGAGACACGAUCGACAGCCUCAUGUGCGAGUAUCUUGGGGCGGUCAAGCAGGUUUGGCGCACCGAAGAUCCACUCGAAGAAUAG